UGCAAACCAGCGAAGGCAACAGGCUCAAACGAAAACUUGAAAUAAUGGCAAGAGAAACAUAUACAUAUUCUGCCCAGAUCAAUGGAUUUGCCAAUCUCGAGUCGAUCAUACAGAAAUGCGCGUCCUUCUCUCACAUAAAGCAACUCCAAGCUUACAUCUUUACAACGGGCGCCUUCAAAUUCAGCCGCGCCCGGUCCAAACUGCUCGAUCUUUGUGCCAUCGCCCCCUUUGGCUCUCUCUCAUUUUCCGUCUCCGUUUUCCGUCGAAUCCCAACUCCUUUUACCAAUGACUUCAACGCCAUUAUCCGUGGCCUCAUUCAAAGCCCUCAACCUGCCGCCGCUUUCGCAUGGUACAGAGCCAUGCAACGUGGGUCUUUCAGAGUGGAUGCCCUCACUUGCUCUUUCACUCUCAAAGCUUGCGCACGUGUCUUGGCUGCUACGGAGUCUCUUCAGCUUCAUGCCAACAUAAUACGCUUUGGGUUCAUGGCGGACGCUUUGUUAGGAACUACUUUGCUCGAUGUGUACGCUAAAGUCGGCAAUCUUGGGUAUGCUAGAUUGGUGUUUGAUGAAAUGCGCCUUAGAGAUAUUGCCUCGUGGAAUUCCCUGAUUUUUGGGUUAGCUCAAGGGAGUCAAGCUAGUGAAGUGUUGGAUUUGUUUAAGAGAAUGAUAGCUGAAGGGUUGAAGCCUAACGAGGUGACGGUUAUUGGUGUUCUUUCAGCGUGCUCGCAUAUGGGAGACUUCAAAGGUGAAAAGAUUCAUGGGUUUAUAAGGAACCAGAAGCUUGAUUUGAACGUGCAGGUUUGUAAUGCACUUAUUGAUAUGUAUGCAAAUUGCGGAUUUGUGGAUAAGGCUUGUGGUGUGUUUGACAACAUGGGUUGCAUGAAGUGUCUUGUUACAUGGAAUACUAUGAUCAUGGCCUUUGCAAGGGAUGGAGAUGGACAUAAAUCGCUUAAACUUUUCGAGCAAAUGGAGAAAGAUGGGGUGCAGCCUGAUGCGGUGACAUAUCUUGCUGUGUUGUGUGCUUGUAAUCAUGCUGGCCUGGUGGAGGAUGGUUUGAGAUUGUUCAAUACGAUGGGGAAGCAUGGAGUGAAGCCUAAUGUGAAGCAUUAUGGGAGUCUGGUUGAUUUGCUAGGUCGUGCUGGGAGGCUUAAAGAGGCUUAUAACCUUAUCAAUUCUAUGUCAAUGGUGCCCGACCUAGUGCUUUGGCAGAGUUUGCUCGGAGCUUGCCGAAUUUACAAGGAUGUAGAGAUGGCAGAGAUUGCUUCGAGGAAUCUAGUAGAGAUGGGGUCCAAUAAUUGCGGGGAUUUUGUGUUGUUAUCAAACGUUUAUGCUGCACAUGAGAGAUGGAAUGAUGUUGGUAGGGUGAGGGAUGCCAUGAAAAACCGGGAUGUUAAGAAGGUGCCCGGUUUUAGCUACAUUGAGGUGAAUGGUUUGAUGCACAAGUUUUUCACCGGUGAUAAGAGCAAUGCCAGAUGGAAAGAGAUAUAUUUGAAAUUGGAUGAUAUCAUAUUCAAGAUUAAAGAGUUAGGCUAUGUGGCUGAGACUAGUUUUGUUCUUCAUGACAUAGGGGAGGAGGAGAAGGAGAACCAACUGUGUUAUCAUAGUGAGAAGUUGGCAGUGGCCUUUGGUUUGAUUAGUACAAGUGAAGGAACCCCAAUUCUUGUGAUUAAGAAUCUUAGAAUAUGUGGAGAUUGUCAUGUGGUGAUCAAGCUUGUAUCAAAGAUAUAUGAGCGACAGAUAAUCGUGAGGGAUCGAGUUCGGUUUCACAAGUUCAAAGAUGGGUUUUGUUCUUGUAAUGAUUACUGGUAACAGUAUCAAAAUGUCAAUUGAUUGUUUAACAGAU